AUGACUCUCAGGGAAACUGGAGCCUGUGAAAAAGGCUCCUCACACAGUAUCAGCCCAGAUCCUAUAAAAGCUCUCUUCACUGCUCCUCGCUGGGGCAGGCUAAGACUCAGGCUGUUUGCCUGGCUGGUAGAGGGCAUCCCUUUUGAAUGGGACCAGAGCAGCCAGGUGAUCUGGGACUCAGCAUCGUCCUCAGCUCAAGGCAGGCUCAGGGCUCCAGGUCUGGGAUCGGGAGACGAGGUCCUGAUGCUGCUGCGGCUGGUCUUGCUUCUUUGCUCACGGCUCCUGAUGCCAGCGGUCUCUGGGUCGGGGAGCCAAUGCUCCUUGCACAGGAACUACUCACGGGGCUACUACACAGACGGGGACCUGGUGAUUGGAGCACUCUUAGCUCUGAAUGUGUUUGAGGGACGGCAACAAGAAUUUGACACAUACCCUUUUUGGUUUGAUAAGGGAUAUGCCCGUGUUGCCAAACAUAACCAGCACGUCCUGGCCCUGGUGUUUGCCGUGGAGCAGAUCAACAAAGACCCCAGCCUCCUGCCCAACGUCUCCCUGGGAUUCCACAUCUCCGAUAAUUUAUUCCGGGAGAGGCUGGCCGUGGAGCAGUCUCUGAUCCUGCUCUCGGGCGCGGGCCGGACAGUUCCCAAUUACAGCUGCGAGGGGCGGCGCAAACUGGUGGCCGUCAUCGGAGGAAUCAGGUCGACCUUGUCUGUUGCCAUGGCCAACGUCAUCGGAUUCCACAAGCUUCCGCAGCUGACAGGGCUGCGACACAAUUUGUAUAGCGCUGUGUAUUGGGUGGCACACGCGCUUGAUGAGAUGCUUUCAUCCAGGACAGAAAUGGAAACGUCUGGGCCAGAGGAAACAAUGGUGCCCCCUCCGUGGCAGCUCCACCCGUUCCUGAGUCAGCUCAACGCCAGCACUGGUGACCAGCCAUACAUUGAUGGAAUCGCUCAGUCAGUCCUAAAAUACGAUAUACUCAAUUUACAGGAAUCCCUGUGGGAUAAGUUGAAACGAGUAAAGAUCGGAGAGUUUAAGCCUCAGGCAUCUGAGGUAAAUGACCUGAUCAUUAACAAACAGGCCAUUGUGUGGAGUUCAGGAUUCCACCAGACCCCUCCCCACUCCGUGUGCAGUAAGAGCUGCCUCCCUGGAUUCAGGAAAACAGCUCUGGAGAGGAAGGCCAUCUGCUGCUACGAUUGUACCCUGUGCCCCGAGGGCGAGAUCUCCAACCAGACAGACGCAACUCACUGUAUGAAGUGCCCUGACGAUGAAUAUCCCAGUGAGCAGAGAGAUCGCUGCCUCUCCAGAGUCAUGACUUUCCUCUCCUAUGACGAGCCUCUGGGGAUCGUGCUGGUUUGUUCGGCUCUUUCCUUCUCCCUGAUCACAGCCCUGACUUUGGGGAUUUUUAUCCGGCAACGAGACACGCCCAUCGUCAGAGCCAACAACCGCGGCCUCAGCUACAUCCUCCUCAUCUCCCUCUUGCUCAGCUUCCUCUGCUCCCUCAUCUUCAUCGGCCGUCCCAGUACAGCAUCCUGCCUCCUCCGGCAAACUGCCUUCGGCAUCAUAUUCUCCGUGGCCGUGGCUUCGGUGCUGGCCAAAACCAUCACAGUGGUCCUGGCCUUCCGGGCCACCAAGCCGGGGAGCAGGUUCCGGGGAUGGAUGGGUCCCGGAAUAUCUAACCUUGUCGUCCUCGUCUGCUCUCUGAUCCAAGUGACCAUCUGCGGAGUCUGGUUGGGGACCUCUCCCCCUUUCCCUGACUCCAACACGCAGGCUGAGUUUGGCCACAUCGUUCUUGAGUGCAACGAGGGCUCCAUCACCGCCUUCUACUGCGUCCUGGGCUACAUGGGCUUCCUGGCCCUGGUGAGUUUCACGGUGGCCUUUCUGGCCCGGAAUCUGCCGGACACGUUCAACGAGGCCAAAUUCAUCACGUUCAGCAUGCUGGUGUUCUGCAGCGUCUGGAUCUCCUUCCUGCCCACCUACCUGAGCACCAAGGGCAAGGCCAUGGUGGCCGUGGAGAUCUUCUCCAUCUUGGCCUCCAGCGCUGGGCUCCUGGGCUGUAUCUUUGGGCCCAAGGUCUAUGUGAUCGUGCUGAGGCCGGACAGGAACACCCGGGACCAGUUACUGAGGAAACGUAAUAUCGGCAUUCAAUCCCCUUGAUAUUUGUCCCGUAGACUAGUGCAAAGUAAACUCAAGUUCCCCUCCUUCCCCUAUCGAAAUUUCCGUUUUGGAGGGCCCCUAUGUUGUUCUAACUCUGCUAAGAUG